UUCUGUAUCGUGUGUGUGGGUCUGUCUCAGAGUUAGUCGGAAGAUGGCGGAAGCUCCCACUCGAUCCGGUCGGUUUUUCUGUCACCGCUGCUCUGCGGAGAUCAGCCCGCAUCUCCCGGAUUACACCUGCCCAAGGUGUGAGUCUGGGUUUAUUGAAGAAUUACCUGAAGAGAGAAGCACUGAAAAUGGUUCCACCUCUUCAGCCUCUACCAGUGAUCAAAAUCGGCACCAGUUUGAGACCCUGGACCAGCACAUGUUCACCUUUCCCCCUGGCUAUGGACAGUUUACGUUGGGGAUUUUUGAUGAAAACUUUGAAUUCGGUUCAGGGCCACCCUCGGAAGACAACAGGGAGACAGAGAACCGCAGGGAGAGGGAGUUGGCGUCAAGGCAGCGUUAUGGCGCCAGGCAACCCAGGGCGCGGCACAUGGCAAGACGGCAGACAGGGAGGCACGAGGGGGUUCCUACUUUAGAAGGAAUUAUCCAGCAGUUAGUGAAUGGAAUUAUAGCACCUACAGCCAUUCCAAACAUAGGACUUGGACCUUGGGGUAUGUUGCACUCAAACCCAAUGGACUAUGCAUGGGGGGUGAAUGGACUUGAUGCAGUUAUAACACAGUUAUUAAAUCAGUUUGAAAACACCGGCCCCCCUCCGGCAGACAGAGAUAAAAUUAAGAGCCUCCCCACUGUGCAGGUUACUGAAGAACACGUAGGUUCAGGUCUAGAAUGUCCUGUCUGUAAAGAAGAUUACACCGCAGGAGAAAGUGUAAGGCAGCUCCCGUGCAAUCACAUGUUUCACAAUGAUUGUAUAGUACCUUGGCUUGAACAGCACGACACGUGUCCAGUUUGCAGGAAAAGCUUAAGUGGACAGAACACAGCUACAAAUCCGCCUGGGUUAUCAGGGAUGAAUUUCUCCUCAUCCUCCACCUCCUCCUCUUCCUCCUCCUCCUCUUCCUCCAGUUCUCCCGGCAACGAGAACACGACGAAUAACUCCUAAAGCCCCUUCCACACUCUCUGACUGAGCCACGAGAACGUGAAUGACAUCAACCACCCACCCAACCAGUCCACCUCAAUCAGGAGGCAAGGGAAUGACAAGAAUAAAAAAAAUACUGAUCGCAAGAACCUUGCAACGUUUUUCAGUUCCACGCAUAAGCAAGUAUGGUAUCCCUUUAUAGACCCAUCGAAUGACAAAUGCAGAACCUGCCUACAUCUGGACCAAACUGAAAGGACCUGUCUAAAAUGGAAAUGUGAGAAUUGGCCCACAAUAAAUUAUAUACACACACACACACACACACACACACACACACACACACACACACACAAUUAUAGCCGUCCUUGAGCGAUUUGGUGUUUAUUGGCUGAUGUAGGGGUGGGAAUAGACUUUUUUUUAAUUUUUCUGUGUUCUGUGCAGCCAAAGGAACAAGGAAACUGGAUUUGAUUAAGAAUUUAGUGGAAAAAAAAUGCACUGGGAUUAAAGUUUUUUUCUUCUCUUUUUUUAAUAUGUACUCGAGUAGGGGAAGAUUUAUUAGGUCCAGUUAAAACCCCAAUUAAAAAAACAAGCAAAGCAAACUGUGUGCAUUCCAGCCCCCUUCCUGAAUCAGACACACUACUAUGGACCACUCCUCAAGUGAUGAGAAAAACCAACCAGGUUAAUCCAUGAGGUUGCCUGAGCCACUUGCAACAGAAUAUACAUACAUAGAUAUUUUGUUUAAUCUCAAAACUGUCUGCAUCUCUCAAGAUAGGCAUCCCUGCAGCAGUGGAGAGGAAGAGAGAGGGAGAAAGUCACUUCUUUCUGAAACUGAACAAAGAACAGCCAACUACGUUUACAUCCUCGUGCUUCUUUUUCUUCGGUAUUCAGUGAAUUUGAGUUCGACACUGAACUUUUUUUUUAACUUAUUAUUAUAAUUACUAUUCUAAGUUAAGGGAUAUAUAAAAAAUGUUUUUUAAAUCAUCAUUCUAAUAAUAAUAGUAAUAAUGAAGUAUAUAAUUAAUGAAUGAGUUACGCAUGGUUGUGGAGAAACCAGGGUAAUAUAAAUAGUACUAUUGUGAUGUGAUAGGUGGUAUUUGAUCUACAAUAUGACACUGCGGCCAGACACCACUGGCAGUGCCCUGCUGAGAACAUGAAUGGGAAAGCAUGGACUUGGUAGCAAAUAAUGAUGCAGUUUUGACUUUCGUUAAUUAAACAUGUUUUCUACAACAA